AUGCCCGGAGUCCGCAUCUUCCUUGGCCUUCUGGCUGCCCUGGCCGCCUGCGGCGUCGUCGCCUUCGUGGGCUACUGUGUGUAUUUCGACUGGAAGCGGCGUGGCGACCCAGCGUUCAAACGCCGCCUGAGGGACAAAAGAAGAGCCGAACAGCCAAAGACUAAGGAACGUGGUGCUCAGUUGUGGAACCCAGCAAAUGAAAAAUUGCAAGAACUUUUUCUGCAAGAGAUACGGAUGGGAGAACUUUGGUUAUCUAGAGGAGAGCAUAGAAUGGGAGUUGACCAUCUCAGCAAUGCCCUUUUAAUGUGUGGGCAACCACAGGAACUUCUGAAGGCUUUCAAACACAUACUCCCUCCCAGGGUAUUUGAGAUGCUUUUGCACAAAAUUCUCCUCAUCUGCCAGCAAUUUGAGGCAGACAUGAAUGAACAGAAAUACUUGGAGGAUGAUCCUGAUUGA